AUGCCCGCGGUGGCAGUGGCUGCGAGCAUUUCGGCAGAUGACAGGUGGGUGAAGGCCGUUCCUUCGCGGAUGGUGUCUUGCAGCUCAAAGCCAGCAUCACUAGUGAGAGACAUCCGCAGGUCUGACAACGGCGCACUCCCGCUGCACGUGCUUGCGCCUGAUCUGAUCGAAAGCCUCGAGAAGGCGCUGACAACAAAGGGGACUUUCUUCGACAUCGAAUUUCAUGCAUCCAAGUUGGAGUUUGACGAUGUCCUGCUGUGGUCCUGGGCGAAGCUUGGUUUUGUGUGCGAUCGUUCAGUCGACUACAAGCCGAGGGCUGCUUCGACGGCAGAUUCUGCAAACAGACGCCGGGACAAGCAGCGAGUGGAAUCGAACUGGGGUCUUCGUGAGACGGGCAGCUCUUCUUUGGAGCUCUAUGACUGUAUGGGCGAGCCAAUCGCACGUGGCUAUGAGGCAAUUGUCUAUGGCGAUCAUGGGCCAUAUAUCGAGUUCAAGGAAGAGCAGAUUUAUUGGCCAACCUUCUGCCGGCAUAAACUGAAGGGGCCGGGCAGAACCCACUUCGAGCAUUACAACCGUGACAUCUCCAUCAAGUUGUAUGGCCAGUUCAAGACAGUUGCCGAUCAGCCCAAUCCUCCUGCAGACUCUAACCCCUUCGCCUGCUCCAACAAUCGACCGGAGGGCUACGCGGACUAUCGACCCGGGCGUUUCUACACGUCUGCAGACGCCCUCUUCGGGUCGGGUGGCUGCGCACGGUAA